UUCUAUUUUGCGUUACGCAUCCAGAUGAAGCAACUCAUCCGCCGUCUCUCCCGCGUCGCCGACAUCUCCGCCCAGUACAAACUCCUCCGCUCCGACGCCUUAUCCGCCACUCCUCGACCUGAAUCUUUCCGUUUUGCGGUGGUUAAGAAGCAGGCACCGCGGCAUGUCCCACACGGUCACGUCCCGGUUUACGUUGGGGAAGAGAUGGAGCGGUUCGUCGUCAACGCGGAGCUGCUGAACCACCCGGUUUUCGUCGGGCUGCUUAACAAGUCGGCUCAGGAGUACGGAUACGAGCAGAAGGGGGUGCUUCAUAUUCCGUGUCACGUGCUGGUUUUUGAACGGGUUAUGGAAGCGUUGAGACUGGGGGUUGAGUCACGUGACCUCCAGGAUCUCCUUCGUUCUUUCUCCGACGACUGUUGUUACGAUUUCUAGGCAGAGAAACAGGAGCGAAACGAAGUCGUUUCGUUUUUUC